UGACCAAAAGUGGAUUUAUUGCUUUAUUCAUCCAAUGAAUGCUUCUUUCGGACACACGACGAAUACUGAUUUUUUUACGUCUGCUAAAGCUGCCCAAAUAAAACAAGCUUGACGAUUUUUGGGUCACUACCCAGAUAAGACAAAAAAAACUAUUUAAGUCACAAGAAAAAUAUUAAGCACCCUAAAAAAUCUACUGCGGUUUCUAAAAAUGCUCCACAAAAUCAUGUUUGCUGACAGUUUUUUGUCUGGACCACUACCUCUAUUUUUUUAUUGAAUACAUAAAUGUACUACUACGAAUACUUAUUUGUCCAGUUGUACCGAUAAUCGUGGCAUCGCUAAACUAUUUGUGGUAUUGUUAAAAGAUGUACCGGCUUCCGCUUGGAUAUGUCUUUCUUUAUACCAUUUGUCCAUCUUUGUCGUAGUUCGUAUAUAAACUAUUGGCUAUAGUGAGGUGUCACAUAGAGUCGAGUGAAUUUGUAAAAAAUAGGUGCGAAAAGACUCAACAUGAAGUUCUUGAAUGUCGUGCCCAUUUUAUUUUGCGUGGUGAAUUGCGCCCCUAAACUAAGAAUUAUCCCUAGCCAAACACCCCCUCAACUUCUCACUCUACCCAGCAACGCCACAAGCAUUCGUCUCGACAUUAGCGACUCCUUCAGCUGCGAUAACCGUGCUUAUGGCUACUAUGCGGAUGUGGAAAACGAUUGUCAAAUCUUCCACGUAUGUCUCCCUAUCACCUACUCUGAUGGCCACAACCAGACCUUCAGAUGGAGCUUCAUUUGUCCGGAAGACACUGUCUUCAACCAGGAAAUCUUCACCUGUACCAGGUCAGACGAGGCGAUGGAUUGUGCUGAUUCGCCACGUUAUUACGAUUUAAAUACGAAUUUGGGUAACGAAGAAUUGGAAGACAGUCUAGAGGAUGUCACGGCAGUACCACAGGAGGUGCCCCAGGUUUUGUCACGGAGGGGACCUUACAAGAACUAGAUAGAUGGUCGAGGGGUUAAGAGUGUGCUGACCAAGGAAGGGUAGGUGGUGGUUUUUGGGCAUUAUGGGGCACCCCUGAGUCCCUCGAAGGUCUUGCCGGGUUUUGCAAUUUUCGCAAUAAUGUACGAUUUAAAAUAAACUAUAUUACACAA